AGCGUCCAAGUGCGAGAGAUAUAACCGCCGUGACUUGCAUGAGCCAAUCGCAUUUCCGGUGCGCGGUCGCGAGGCGAUCAGAAUACUCACAAUAUUCUGAUCCCCUUCAGAUUGAAAACGCCUUUGUUUGCAACGCUGCCCGUCGCUUCGCAAUUGGCGCGCACUUCACUCAUAUCGCGGUGAAACGUAGGCACGCAGUUGACUAGCUGAAGGUGAAGGCGGAAGCGCUGAAGCACGGUGUGCAUUGCAUUCGGCAUAGUGGCUGGGGCGUUGGGGUCAAACAUGGCGGACGCUGGUUGUGGAACUUCAGAGACUGCGGACGCAGUUCACCGCGUCAAGUAUUCGCCCUGCCGUGUUCUCCCUGCUGGCGAACACGUCGCGUCCAUAACCGUUCGCGACGCACUCGCCGAGUGGAAUGACGACUCUGCCGGGUACGGCGUGCCCUGCGAGAUUGGCCAUUUCUCCGUGCAAGGGGAAAGGCGCGAGUACGUCGACGGUGCGUGCUCACCGCUGUACCUGCAUGUACCAGUCCCGUGGGGUCCCUUUUGGAACCUGGACAGCGGAUACGAAAAUGCACAGCGCAGAGUCAGGGAAUACAUGCCACCGACGCAUGACCUACUUCGCUGGGUUAUUCGCAACAAAGACAAAGUGGUGACGCCUUCGUCGGCGUGGGAAACGCAGAGCCCAAGCACAGAUUUUAUCUGCGAUCUGCAAAUCCUGAAAGUGCUGCUGAGUACGCCGUUCCAGGAAAAGCUACCCUGGCAGAUAGUGGCGUGUCGGCGUGGAGGCUUACUGUACAUGUACUACGCCCCCAUGAAAGGACAGCAGCUCCUCAAUAACAGCCGGGUCUUGAAAAAGAAUCGCCAACGCUACUGGAGGAGAAACUUUUACUACAGACUGACCACCACCGAACCGGGAGCUGCACCCGAAGAGGAUGAUGUAGCCGGGGAAGGCAAUUCAUACAACGUCGUCCUCCGCUGCCAACUUGGACCACACUCCAUCGUGCUAGGAGCCGACACGAAAGCAGUGGACAUCUCUGUUCAGUGCGAUCCAGGUUCCACGGCUGGCUACGUCGCGAUGAAGACAUGUGGCGAGCGCAAGACUACGGCGCAGCAGAUGAGCUUUUGCAGGAACACGUUGCUGGGGAUGUGGGCCCUUGCCCGCCUGGCCGGUGCCCCAAAGGUUCUGUGCGGCUUCAUCGACGAUGAUGGGAUUCUGUUCAGCAUCCUGAAUUAUGACGUUAGCACGAUUCCGGAGAUGGCAAAAGGACAGUGGUCUGAAGUCAUAGUCAUGAAAUUCGGCCAAGAGAUGCUUUCCUUCAUCAAAGAGCAUGUUAAAGAGAAUGAUGAGAGGAGUGUCUACCUUUUCGAGUACGUGCCAUCUUCCCGCGAGGUCGUCUGCAAGCGCCUAACCGAUCCCGGGAGUCGAUAUGGUUUCCCAGAUUGGUUCCUAGCGGGUUUCGAAGGCUGUUGAAGCGUCCAAACCAGCUGCGCGUCUCAUCCCGCCUCACACGGUUCUUUUAUGACAGCAUUUUUUCUGAAGGCUUAUUUCUAAGACAAAGGGUCUCGUAUUUUCUGGUCACCGCGCAAAAUCUCUUAGUGUAAUUCCUUCAAAUGUACGAUGGCCUACAUUGGCUCAUAAAAGGUGCAAAGCGCAUUGGUUGUCUGUCACUUUUUUUUCAACUUGUCACUGGUAUUUAUAAAUUGAGAGCUUGUGAUUUUUACACGUGAUUACAGCCCUCUACAAACCGUACAAUAUUUCUGUGAAUUACAGUGCAACGCAAACACAUGGUUACAGGUAUCGUAAUACUCAUUUCGGAGGAAGGCAUAAAAGUAAAACAU